UCCCCCUUGCUCGCUACGGAAGCGCUAUUCUUUUUCCGUACUAGCGUCCUCAGGCCGGCAAUCCACAGUCUUAAAUGGUUCUUCAGCCAUUCUCGUAACAAAGUUGAUCCAAGCCCGAACAUCAAACUCGCAAAGAAACAACAUCCCAACUGCGUCUUUGUUCCGUUGAAGGAGGCGAUUGUGCCGCCGAUCAGGUACCGUUGGAUCGCAUGCUUAAUCUGUAGCCGCCUGUGAAACAAGUAAGUUCAUUGAGGCAGAAUUCGUGGCGUGAGAGCGAGUGCAGCUGUGCGCCAUCUGCGACAGCUUUCUCCCGAGCCACAAUAAAGCCUGUCGUACCCCGCUCGCCCGCGCUCAUGACGAGCAGUUAAGCAUACCACAUCCCGACCGACGCGCCAAAUAUGCAGUCGUAUCCUGAUCCCAACGCGGGUGCUGGUGCUGGAGGAGCCCCGUUCUCCUACUCGACUUCAGGUCAGCAACAGUCUGGCGUCCCAAAUCCCGAUGAACUUCAAAUGAACGCACAACUUGCCAGGCUCGAGCCCGUUAUGAAUGCUAGCCCAGGUGGAAAUAUGGCUUCCGAAAGUCAAGACCCACGCGGUUCCAGCCAAGGAAACGUAAAUCAUCAGUACGAGCAUGGCUUGCCCCAUGCCGGACAGAUGCAAUCGCUACAUGGCCCCAUGGACCAGAUGGGAGCGUAUGAUGGCUCACCGGAUGGUUCAAUGGCACCGAGAAAGAGAUCGAAAGUGUCGAGAGCUUGUGAUGAAUGCCGGCGCAAGAAGAUCAGAUGUGACGCGACGGGAGAGUCGGACAAUGAACAGUGCUCGAACUGCAAACGCGUUGGGACCAACUGUCAGUUCAGUAGAGUUCCAAUGAAGCGCGGACCGAGUAAAGGCUACAUCAAGGAGUUAGCUGAUCGCUUGAACACGCUUGAAAGCGCGGUGCACGCUGGCGAAGUGCCUAUGAACUUCUUACAUCAAGAAAGUCCAACGCAGAGGCGACCAUCCGAAGAAUACUCCCCACCACCAAACCCAGAGACACGAAAGCGAGGGCACUCAGCGGUGUCCAACGACUAUACUCCGAGUCGACCAGCAAAUUGGAACUCUCCAGAAACACGUCACGUACCGCACCCUCCUCCGGCAACAUAUCAACCACAAGCAGGUUUCUUCAAGGACUCAGAUUACGCUUCUAACGGGCUCCAACAGCCGUCGAGCUGGAAGAUGGCUCCGGAACAGCACUUGCAAGACGCGUCCACUUUCGUGGUUACACAAGAUGUCAACUCUGAAUACGCUCAUGGUUGGGACGAGUCCAUUAUCGACGGAUAUUAUCAACAUAUCCACCCCACAUUUAAGAUCCUGCAGAAUGACAAGUCGAAACUACGUGUUAGACUAGACGUAUGCCCAGGCUCUUUGAAAGCAGCUUUCUAUGAAGCCAUCCAAGUUGCUGUCCGAUCCUUGCCUGCAUCUUCGCAACGUCCCGCCGAGUUGCCAAGAGUAAGAAGAGCUGCACAACUUCUUCAUUCCGCUCGACUUGAAAAUUUUCCUCCAUCUUUGUCCACGGAUUUGAUCUGCCUCCAAGCUAUGAUUCUUCUAGCAAUUGCCACGGCAGAUUCUCCUGCAAUCAUCUUGAGACCACAACCUACGUCGCCAAAGUCGAGCUUAGCAGACGCCAUCGAAGUUGCGUACGCAAUGAGACUCCACCAGUAUAAGCCUCAGGCUCUAGGAGAAGACCACGAUUCGGAUGACAAAAUCGCUCGACGACUUUGGUAUACGUUGGUGUCUUUGGAUCGAUGGUACGCUGCGAGCACCGGCAGACCUGCCUUAAUUCCUGACUCUAUCGUCAUUGUGUGGCCAGAGGAUCAAUUCAUGUUGGGAGAAUCCUUUUACCAUAUUGCACGUAAGUUCUCCCUUCCCGAAGUUGAUUUUGGGAAUCUAAACACUUUAGGUAUGUCCCUGGUUUUGGAACACACAUCUCGUGUCCUCUCUCCACGGCCUGACUUGCCUCCAAUGAACUUUAACCCGCCUGUCUACGGCAGUAUCCUCAGAGGAGAGCUAGAAAGAUUGCGAGAGUCGUUCUCUGGCUCUCUCUUCCCUCCCACACAAGCACCGGUCCUUCACAUAUGCUUCUGGCACAUGCGUAUCCUCAUCGAAUUGACUCUCGAGGAGUCAACACCUACUGCAAUGGCCGAUGCAGUUCUAAACCUCGUCACCCAACUUAACCGUCAUGUCGGCGUCUUCAGCCCACUCAUCCACUACUGCCUGGCCCUGGCCGCACUGACGCUCAUUGAAUUACUAGAAUAUGAGGAGACCCGAAAUGAUGCCGAGCUCGCCUUGAAGAGUUUACUGAAUACUCGUGUGGCCUAUUCGAGUUGGGACACGCCUGUACGUGAGAUGAUCACCAAUCGGUUGCAACGUCCCAGCAGCGCCUCGCUUGGCAUGUCCUCGUCCGCGGCUGAAAGCAGCAAGCAUGCGGCGGUCGCGUCACAAAGCCUCCAACGUCUUGCGGAUCUUGCAACUGCAACCGGAGGCCGCGAGGUCGGGGGCGGUGAAGACAGAAAUGAAGGUGAAAAGGGUACCAUUCCGGCCGCUGCAUCGACACCGGCAUCCGCUCGAAACCUUUAUCCCUACUACAGCAAUCUACGACGAGUUGUAGGCGACGGCAUUCUCAAUGCUUUUAUGAUCGGUGGCGAGUCGGCCCGUUAACUCAACCUCUUUUGUCUUCCUUCGGAUUUUCGUGGCGCAGGGCACAAGCAUCAUCUCAUCAAUUGAUUUUUCUUAAGGAGUAAGGAGGCAUUUUCUACGAACGAAAAUGCGGCGUUAUACCC